UCAUCGAUAACUACGCAGCAAGAAAAAAACCAAACACGUCACAACACUUUGGCCGCAGUCCCACGCGUAAUAAGAGAUUAGGACAAAAUGGCCAAACAAGUGUCCGAUUUCCAGGGCAGCAAGAUGCAGUUCUACCAGAAGCUGGCCCUGGCCCUUAUCCUUGGAGCUGUGCUCCUCUCCCUGCCAGCCUUAUGCGCCGGCCAGGGCAAUCCCAGUUUCAAAUACUCGCGGGAAGCCAACGAAAACUUUGAUCCGGCAAAGGCUCCGCGGGCGGAGCACCAUCACGACCACGAUCAUGAUCAUGAUCAUGAUCAUGGGCAUGGGCAUCACGACCACGAUCAUCACCAUCAUCAUCACGACCAUGAUCAUCACCAUCAUGACCACGAUCAUGGGCACCACCAUCACGGAGAAAGCCACACCAAGUCAAAGCCGGCAUUGGAUAUGAGCACCAUUUGGCUGCACUCCAUCGGUUCCACGCUGCUUAUCAGUGCCGCUCCCUUUGUGCUGCUCUACAUCAUUCCCCUCGACAACAGUGAGGCUAUGAAGCCGCGUCUCAAAGUUCUCCUGGCCUUCGCAUCCGGCGGCCUGCUGGGCGAUGCCUUCCUGCACUUAAUUCCGCACGCCACACACCCUCAUAGCCACGGAGAAGACGACCAUGGCCACGACCAUCACCAUCACCAUCAUCACGAGGGCGAAGAGGAUGGUCACGGACAUAGCCACGACAUGAGUGUUGGUCUGUGGGUUCUGGGCGGCAUCAUUGCCUUCCUGUCGGUGGAGAAACUGGUACGCAUCCUUAAGGGCGGUCAAGGAGGACAUGGACAUAGCCAUGGAGCCCCAAAACCCAAACCCGUGGCUCCCAAAAAGAAGUCUUCGGACAAGGAAGACAGCGGAGAUGGAGAUAAGCCUACAAAGCAGCCCAAGGCCAAGUCAAAGAAACCAGAACCCGAGCCGGAGGGCGAAGUGGAGAUAUCCGGCUACUUGAACCUGGCGGCCGACUUUGCCCACAACUUCACCGACGGUCUGGCCAUCGGUGCCUCCUACUUGGCGGGCAACAGCAUUGGUAUUGUAACCACCAUCACCAUUCUGCUGCACGAAGUGCCCCACGAGAUUGGCGACUUCGCCAUCCUGAUCAAGUCGGGAUGCUCGAGGCGCAAGGCAAUGCUCCUGCAGCUGGUCACCGCCCUCGGAGCGCUGGCGGGCACAGCUCUGGCCCUUUUGGGAGCCGGAAGCGGUGACGGAUCGGCGCCAUGGGUUCUGCCCUUUACCGCCGGCGGUUUCAUUUACAUUGCCACGGUGAGCGUGCUGCCGGAGCUGCUGGAGGAGUCCACUAAGCUGAAACAGUCGCUGAAGGAGAUCUUCGCACUGCUCACCGGCGUAGGCCUAAUGAUUGUCAUCGCCAAGUUCGAGUAGUUCCCAGCGUUGGGUGGGUUUAUGCAGAAAAUAGUUCUAAUCGAGCGGGCUGAAGGGAAAGAGUAUACAAUUUAAGAUAUUCAAUCCCCGCGAUUAUUUCUCAACAUAAUCGAGGCAGCGUUAUUUAAGAGUUUUAAAGCCUUCAAAAUUUGCGCUUUACUUUGAAAUGAAAUUUUUAUAAAUAGUCAAAAAUACAUUGUAAAAAGAAAACCUCA